AGAGAAAAAGCAUAAUUGGAGAAUUUUCACACAUAUUGGAUAGGUACAUUUCAUCAAUAUUUUUGGAGAGAAGAGAGAGGGGAAGAAUCAUUUCUGGGUAAAUCCGUCUUGACACAUAAACACAACAAAAAGCAGCUGUUUCUUGAUCACAUAUUUUGUGUCAAAAUUAAAAGAAAAAAGACUUUCUCUUUCUCUCUCUUUUGUUACAUAUUUUAUGUCCAAACCCCAUUUCUUGAAACCCCCCCUCAAGACUUUUAAUUCCCAAAAUUGUUGAUAAAAAGAGGAUCUUUUUCUGAAUUUGAUAUGCUUUAUUUACAUGGGUUAUUGCAAACUGAUUAAUAGGAGGAUAAGAGAAGGAGUUUGAUUGUUAUUUUGGGAUAAGAAGCAUAGCAAUCCAGAAAGUUGAAAUUUUUUGGGUUGUUUUGUUUCAUUAAAUUCCAAAUUUUCAAAGUUAUGGUUCGUGAAAAACAUAAACCUCUGAGGCUUUAUCAGGUUUGGAAAGGAAGCAAUAAAUUCUUAUGGGGUGGAAGAUUGAUCUUCGGUCCGGAUGUGGCAUCAUUGUUUCUAUCAACACUUUUAAUUGCUGGCCCGGCACUUGCUUUUUGUAUAAAAGUCUCUUGUGUAAUCAGACAUCGCAUCAAAGAGCACAAAGAUGCUGGUCCUUGGUAUCCUAUCCUUGGAAUUGGAGUAGUUCUUACCAUUAUGGAUAUAGUUUUUCUCUUUAUGACAUCUAGUAGAGAUCCUGGCAUUGUCCCAAGAAACACGACACCUCCUGAAUCUGAUGAAACAUUUGAUAUACAUACUCCUUCCAUGGAAUGGGUCAACGGUAGAACUCCUCAUUUGAAACUUCCACGAACAAAAGAUGUCAUCGUCAAUGGACACACAGUUAAAGUCAAGUACUGUGAUACAUGUUUGCUGUAUCGACCUCCUCGUUCAUCUCAUUGUUCUAUCUGCAACAAUUGUGUUCAAAGAUUUGAUCAUCACUGUCCCUGGGUUGGUCAAUGCAUUGGACUUCGGAAUUACAGAUUCUUCUACUUGUUCAUAUCUACGUCAACCAUAUUAUGUAUAUAUGUCUUCAUCAUAUCUUUGGUCAAUAUUCUUCAUCGUGGUGGAAACGUAUGGAGAGCUAUUUCACAAGAUAUCUUGUCAGAUGUUCUCAUUGUAUACUGCUUCAUUGCUGUUUGGUUUGUUGGUGGCCUUACUAUUUUCCAUUUUUACCUGAUCAGCACUAACCAGACUACAUAUGAAAACUUCAGGUAUCGAUAUGAUAAGAAGGAGAAUCCCUAUAAUAGGGGGAUGAUUGAAAAUAUAAAAGAAGUUUUCUUUUCCAGGAUCCCACCUUCCUUAAAUAAAUUUCGAGCGAUCAUUAAAGAAAAUGACCUUGUAAUGAUUGAGCGACCAACUUCCAGCUUUGUGGGAAACAUCACUAGCUCAAAAGAGAAGAUAGAUAUUGAGAUGGGAGCGAUGUUUCCAGAGGAUAGUGGACUUACACUUCCUGAAAUUUUGCGGAAUUUGGAAUAUGAGGAGAUAGAGGAUACUUUAAAAAGCCGGGAAGGAACUGGAGAUACUUAUUCUGAUUCUGGUGAUUAUAUACGAAGCAUCUCCAGCUUAACAGAGAAAGUUGAUAUUGAGGUCGGAGAUAACUCUGCAGAAGAUAAAGGAGUCGCACAGCCAGAAAAUUCAGAGAAUAUGAAUGGCGAUAACAUGACGAAGAACUUCAAAAACAAGGAUGAAGACGGGAGAAAUGAUUAUCAACCUUUUUGGUUUUCUCUUGAACAAGAUAAAGAAACUGUAAAGAGCUCCACUCUAGGAAGUGGAUCUAAUGUAGAAGAGCACUCAGAAGAAGUAAAUAGCUCGGCUCAGUAUAUGACACCAAUAAAUGAACCUAGCCCGAAGGUCUAGCAUACAGUACAAGGAACUCCUCCUUAAGUCUUUUCCGUUUUACGUUGUGCACAAGCUGAGAAAAUUUGCUUUCCUCAAGGAUAGCAUUUGGCAAGCUUGGGAACACUACCAAGAUACACGACUUUUCAGAUUAUCAUUGACAAGAUCAGAAACGAUUUGCAGAAUUGUGUUUGAAAUAAUGCAGGGUCUUGCUUGAGAUGAGAGAGCAGAUCCUGUUGGAGUUCAAAAUUGUAGAUAGAUUGAUGAAUAGCUCUUUUCUCUUAAAUUGUUCAUCCUUUACUCCAACUCCAUGCAAAGUCUCCUUUUAUUCUCUUAAAAACAGUGUGCAUAGUUUGCAACAAGAUGUGAAGCUAAUAGGGUUAUGGAAACAAUGUUGGAGAACAAAUAGAUAGAUGUGUGUAAAUUUGAUUUUGCAGCUUCUUUUCCCAAAUUUGUUUUCUAUUGGAACGUUUUGAAUUUUUUUUCC